AUGUCAACGACACCAUUGCUUUUGCAGAAGUCACCAACCCCAAUCCCAAAAAUGGAUACCCAUCCUAAAGUUGGACAAUCCUUUAAAAAAUCUUCUUCGGUGACAGAUAAGCCUAUUCAAUCAAAGGAAAAAGAAAAAGCUGCUCCAAGUGCCCACUGUGUUCUUAUUGACGACGUAUCUACCAGUAAAUCAGAUGACGUCAAAAGUUUGAGGGAGGAACUUAAUCAAUUUAAGCAGGAAGUGCUUGCUGAAUUCAAGAAGGUUUUUACUGAGCUCAAGGAUCUUCGCAAAGUUAUUGAUGAAAACUUCGAAAAGGUUUUGGAACAUGUCAAAGGGAAUCAAGAUUCAGAAAAGGGUGGUGACAGCGAAACUCAUGUUCCUUUACCUGAUGGCAACGUACAUCAAGCAGUUGAUGAUUACAUGGACCAUGGUGAUGGUAUUCACAUGGAGACUGAUACGGGUGAUGUACAUUCAACAAAGAUUGUGGAAGGAGGUGAUCUUUCAGGAGAACCCAAGACUUCGGUUGAACAUCCGGCUGAUCAAACAGGGAAAGAUACUGUGGAAGAGAAAAAACAUUCUAAUGAUUCAAAUAAUUUCGAGGUGAUCGCACAGGUGCUAGCAAAUACAGCAGAAUCAGAAAUGGCUAAUGAACAAGUUCAAGAGGAAAAGACCGAGAAAAACACCAGCUCGACUGUUUUAGAGGAACCCCAGGCAACAGUUAGUAGUAGUUCGAGAACGGAUCAUGUUCCUGUGUUUGAUAAAAAAUAUCCAUUCCAGCAAGAUUCCAUUACCGGUCCACUUGAUGUACAAAUUGUUGAUGAAUAUCGUAAUUGGCUUCGUAAUGGUCUACUUGUGAGUCAUGAUAGCAAGAAGAAUUAUGAAGACCAUUACAAAACAAAGAUGCCAGUUUUUUAUCAUGGAGUCAAAUUCAAUUUUGGCAUCACAAUUGUCGAUGAUAAGAACUGGUUUUACCUUUUAACGAUGGAUGGCCAGCUUUGGAAUGAUGAGAAAAUUGAUGUGGUCCACCACGCAUAUCACAAUGUUGAAACCCAGACCAACGUGCCCAAUGAAGAGCAAGUAUUGUGUGAGUAUGUUAAGGUCCACAGGCUUAUUGCCAAUGUCCUGUGGCAUACAGUUGACAAUGUGCUAAUACCAGUGAAUAUAAAAGAAGAAAAUCAUUGGUUAUUGGUAGUCCUUUCAUUCAAGGACAGGCGUCUGUAUGUUUACAACUCGUAUCAAGCAGUCGGGCACAACGCAGUUGUUAGGAAUGAAAUAACAAAACUUGCUACACUUCUGCCACAUUUCCUACAUCUGGCUGGAUUCUGUGUAAAUAAAAAAAGCAUAGAUUUGGUGAAAGACCUAGCAUAUGCGGAUAAGGGACAAAUCGAUAUCCUUGAAGUUAUCUAUGUUGAAAAUCUGCCGCAUCAACCUGUUGGUAGCACGGACUGUGGUGUCUUCGUGGCAGCGUAUGUUGAAUAUUUGACAUCGGGUGAAAGGAUUCCAGAUGUCAUUGAUGCACACAUGCAGCGUAUGAGAUACGGUGCACUCUUAUGGGACUACGCUGAACGCAAGGUUGCUGACAAUGCCGAGAGCGAUAAUGAAGUUCUACCAAGACCGAUUAGGCCAGCAAUCGAUUACGACACUGUUGAUGCAAUUGAUGUUUGA